AUGCGAGCGGGCGUGGCGCUACUGCUGGCCGCCGGCGUGCUCUCUGCGACCUUCACGGCUCUGCCUCAGAUGGAGGGACUGCCAGCGGUGGAGGCAGUGGCGCCAAUCCUCACAACAGACUCGCCGUGUGACCACACCGCCGCGUUCUUGACUCACACGAAACAGGAGGGCGAGGCAGUGCGGGCUCCGAGGGGCGUGGUUGUCUUGCAGGUGCAGGAUGACAAAGGAAAUACAACGGAGACUCAACUGACGGUGGUGGUUGACCAAAUACGUAAGAUGGGAGAGGCGUGGCACUGCCUGGUGGUGGUGGUGGUGAGCGAUGACCCAGCUUUCCUCGCUGCCUUCGCUCACCUGUCACUCAGGCGUCACGCCCUCAGGUGGUCCACGAGGAUCCUUGUUCUCACUCACCUCCCUCUCAGCCACCUUGGCGGCCUGCACGGCCUUCUCUCCAACAGAAACGCCAUGCUGCUCCUCAUAAAUGUGGACAUGACACAUAAAAGUCGUGUUUACGUGUGGCUGCCGUACAGCAGCAAGCCCGUGGAAGUGGCCACCUGGACGCCGCACGGGAGACUGACUCUCGCCCCCGACGUGGCACUCUUCCCUGACAAAUUUUCUGUGUUCAGCUCAGCCCCGGCCCUCACGGCGGCCAUCGAGGUGCUGCCUCACAACAGGAUAUCGUGGCUGGAGGACCCAGACGUACCUAGCGGUCGUCGCCUGCUUUAUUCGGGAUACGUGGACAACAUCGUGAGGCACUUCGCCAAGGCGCUCAACUUCACGUACAGAUACGUGCUGUCCCCAGAGAGAACGUUCGGCACCAGGCUGCCUGACGGGUCCUGGACGGGCCUGAUGGGCAUGGUGGUGCGGGAGGAGGUGGACUUCUCACCCGGGCCCUUCAUCAACAGUCUGGUGAGAAGCCAAGCGGCAGAUCACACAACGGCAUUUUAUAUUGGAAAUGUUAGAAUAAUAGCCGGUUUGACUGGACUGGAGGUGGAUCCGUGGGGGUUUGUGUUGCCCCUCACGGCCCUGGUGUGGGUGGCCACGCUGACGGCGCUACUGGGAGUGAUCACCCUUCUAUACCUGAUUUCUUCCAUUCUGCCCAGCAAUAUGAUGAGCGCCAACACCUUCAGCCCUGUGCGCGUCCUCCUGCAGCAAGACGUGGUGUGGCCCGCGGAGUGGUGGUGGUGGGAGCGUCUGGUGCUGGGACUGUGGAUGCUGACGACGCUGGUGCUGACCAAGAGCUAUGCCGGCAACCUCAUGUCCCUGCUGGCCGUGAGAUACGUGCCGCAGCCCUUCCAGACUCUGAGGGACGUCCUGGACCACCCGAGCGUGGUCAUGAUAUGGCAAAAAUUGUCCAGUUACGAACAAUAUAUCAGGGAGGCGCGGUCUGGCGUGUAUCACGAGGUGGCUCAGCUGGAGGAUAACGGUCGCCUCAAGUUCCACACCCAGUCACAGAUCAGAGGAAGCUUGGACACGCUGGUGAGGGCCGGGCAUCACGUGGUCAUCGACGUGGACAUCAGCCUCAGGAGCCGCAUAGCCUUGGACUUCUCUGAGAAAGGCCAUUGUGACUUCUACAUAUCACGGGACGGAUUCCUCCCUUAUUCGGCCGUCAUGAUGAGCCAGAAGACCAACCCUCUCAUCCACGGCUUCAACAAGAGGUUCCUGUCCAUCAUCGAGCAGGGUUUGAUAUCAUACUGGAUGGAGAACGUCCCGAACAUCAGUGAGUGUGAGAAUGUCCCCAAGAAGAAGCUGCUGACCUCGUCCAUCUCUAUUCGCAACAUCUGGGUGAGACUGAAACACGUGUUACGCAUGUUUACAGGCUACACACAGACAGACAGACAGACAGACAGACAGACAGAUUGCAAGAACAAGAGAUUAGGUAACAGUAACUUAAUAUAUCGCAAUUAACGCUGUAAACAUGAU